GAAUAUUCACUUCUCAGUUUUCACCCAACCUACUACGCACAACGUAAACAAUCAGUCCCAAAACAAUCCAAAAUUCCACUUUAAUCUUGGUCGAACCGUGCUACUCAUUUUAAGGAUGUCCAUCCCUUGCGGAUAUUGUGACCUGACCUUCCGGGACGAGUCGUCCAUGAUCCAUCACAUUGAGCAGGUUCACGAUGCCGAGGCUCACGCCCAAGCAUCCUCACCUCUCUUCUACGCUUGUGAGCCCUGUCAAGGCCUCCGUUUUGCCACCGAAUCCGAUCUGCAAGCUCAUAUUUCGCGCAUCCACUCUGCCUCGGCUCAUUGUCCUCUCCCUUUCUCUUGUUCCACUUGUCAAGCCACUUUUCCCACACAGCAUAGUCUCCUAUCUCACCAGAGUCUGUUCCAUCCACCGCCAUCCACUCCUUGGCCAUGUCCGGAUUGUCCCAAGAGCUUUCGGUACAAAACCCGCUUGGUCCAACAUGCUUUGGUACACAUUGAUAAAAGCCAACGGUCUCGUAAUUACGAUUGCUCUCUGUGUGAGAAAAGCUUCUUCCGGAGUGCGGACUUGUGGGCUCAUAAGAAGAUCCACAGUGGAUCUCGUUACACCUGUGAUUUGUGCGGGAAAUCAUUGUCCAGCUCGGGCUCACUUCACAAUCACCGACUAAUGCACAAAGGCAAGCGGUUCCAUUGUUCCAUUUGCGGGUUGGAGUUUGUGUAUAAGCAGAAAUUUGACAACCAUCGCCUUCAGCAUGAGGGUAAGAAACCCUUCGAGUGUGACGAGUGUCACAUGGGUUUUGUGCACAAGCAAUCCUGGUUGGCUCAUCUCCGGAUUCAUGGAGGUGAUCGUUUGCAAUGUGAGCUUUGUAAGAAGCUAUUUAGCGAUCAGUCCUAUUUGAACAAACACAUGAAGUGGCAUAAACAAGUGCAGGAACGGCGUCAGGGCGACCUCACACAAAUUUGAAUUUUGACCCCGGGGGUGUCUGAGAUGGUUUGAGGUGAUCGGUAAACCCCCUCCCCCUUCAUGUCCAUUCACCACCCUCUGUUGUCCUUCAUCUAUUUGGCUGGGGUUGUGAUGAUUUAUGCCAUAUUGAACAAUGUCAAUAGUGAUUGAAGCCACUUUCAAUGAGUAGGCGACUAUUCGUUAUUCGUUUGCGGUUUCCUGUUUUAAUAAACAAUCGCGCAUUCAA